AACACGAGCGCGCAAACGCCCGACUAGUGCACCAACACGGGACGGAUGGGCCUUUUCCGGUCGUCAUCCAGAGACAGCGGCAGUGACAGCAAGAGCAGCACCACGCGCGCCGGGGCGGCGACGCCAGGCCAAGUUACUCCCGCCACGUCGGGGCCGGCGACUCCCUCCACCAGCUCGGCAGACUCGGUCGUGGACAACGAGGCCUCGAUGGCGGCCGUCGAUUCCGAGAUCCUCAGUUCUAGCAGUGCGAGGCUGCGCGCGGAGUGCGCGGCGCUCGGGUGGGAGGCGGGAGCGCUCGAGGUGCCCGCCGCCGGCCGCACACCCUUUGCCGACUUCCGGCAGCACGCGAAGCUCGCGUCGGGCGAGUUUUGCGACGUGAGCGCCGCGGUCUUUCGGGGGUCGGACGGCCUCACCUUCAGGGUGGGAGUCAAGGUGCUCAAGGCGGGGCGACAGGUGACCGAGAUCGCCGUCUCGGACCUGCGGCGGGAGGCCGCCGUCCUCGCCCGGCUGCGCCACCCGCACGUCGUCUGCCUGGUCGCCUUUGGAGAGCACCCGAACGGGAUGCCCUUCUACGCGAUGGAGCUCUUCGAGGCGACGCUCAGCGCGGUGCUGCCGCGCAAGCCCAAGGAGUCAAAGGCGGGUACCGCAUCCUGCACCGCGACAUCAAGCCGGGCAACAUCGGGCUCGCGGCCGGCGGGCGCGUCGUCCUCGCCGACUUCGGGCUGCUCAAGCUGU